CCGUUUGACACGGCGUUUUUUCAGAGGAAAAAAAAAGACGCGGGGCGCCGAGGAGGUCCUGACCCUUCUUCCCCGGGCCAUGAGGUGCCCUCUACUCAGACCUACGACAGCAGAGGCGUGAGACGGGUCGACUGAUACCCCUUUCCAUCCCUCCCUCCCUCCCGACGCCCAUCCCGAAUCUCCUCCCUCCUUGGCCGAGAGGGUGCCCCGGCUCUGGGGGGCAACGGGGGGGCGGGGUGGGUUGCUGUCUGCCAUGGGCGAUUCCCAGCUGGUGCGGACGCCCAUCCCGGUGCCCGCCUACUUCAAGCGGGCGGAGGAGUCCUUCUCGCUGAAGAGGCGUGGGCGCCCCGCGUCCCAGAACCUGACCCCCCGGCCCCCGGUGAAGACGGCCCUGCCCCUCAGCCGGGUCUUCCCCUCCCGACAGCAGCAGGCCUGGAGUCACCCGCGGCCCCAGAGCGUCUCCGGCAAGGAGCCCUCCCCCCGGUGUCUGAGCAGCAGGGUCUACGACGAGAGCAAGGAGGAGCCCUACUUUGAGCAGUGCUUCCAGAAGAUCAGCAAAUUGGGACACGGCUCGUUCGGCGAAGUGUUCAAG